GGGGGCUUCGAACCUCUCAAACCCCUACUGAUUACGGUCUGUGAUUGGUUCGGUCACAUGGCGUGGACGAGCCAUAAAAAGCUGCAUGUCUUAAGUGUGCAGCACGGGUGGUUAGUAGGAGCAGUCAGAUGUUUCACUAUGGCCGAGGUCCCGCUAAUAGAAUUCCAAGCUUUAAAACAAGAUUUGGCAACAUACAAAUCAAAUGGCGACCAAUUCUUUUUGAUUAUCAUGGGAUGCCUUGUGUUUUUUAUGCAAUGUGGCUUCGCUUUUCUUGAGGCUGGGUCCGUCCGCUCGAAAAACACCACCAACAUUCUAAUCAAGAAUGUGCUCGAUGUUUUUAUCGGUGCGUUAGGAUACUGGCUCUUUGGAUAUGCAUUCGCUUUUGGAACCAAGAGUAAUGCGUUUAUCGGGGAGUGGGAUUUUGCUCUGUCCUAUCUACCAACCAACAUGUAUUCAUCUUGGUUCUUCCAAUUCGUCUUUGCCGCAACCGCGGCUACUAUUGUCAGCGGCGCCAUGGCCGAGAGAACAGAGUUCAAGACCUAUUUGAUCUACUCGAUUUUCCUGACGGGAUUCAUCUACCCUGUGGUAUCGCACUGGGGAUGGGAUGCCAACGGAUGGCUUAAAAAAGGCGUUUACUACAAUGACGGAAGCAGGACAGAGCACGUCUUCUAUCAGGAUUUUGCCGGCAGCGGUGUGGUUCAUGUUGUUGGAGGGACAUGCGCACUAGUUGGCGCUGCCAUACUCGGACCCAGGAUCGGCCGCUUUGUAAAUGGAGAGCCAGUCACAAUCCCUGGUCACACAGUACCUAUGACCGCAUUGGGGGGAUUCAUCCUGUUCAUGGGGUUUCUCGCCUUCAAUGGCGGCUCGCAAGGCUCUAUCUCUAACGCUGGUGACGCGGAAACCGUUUCUGUAGCUGUCGUCAACACUUUCAUUUCAGGGGCUGCGGGAGCUGUUACAUCACUGCUCAUCAAGAGGAUUAUUCCCGGCGCGGGAAAAAACUGGAGUCUGCUGACCACCAUAAACGGUGCUCUCACUGGAAUGGUUGCCAUCUGUGCUGGUUGUGACGUUGUCCAUCCCUAUGGAGCUUUUGUAAUUGGUCUUCUCGCUGGUGUGACGUACAUCUUGUGGAGCGCUGCCCUGUUAAAAAUGAAGAUCGACGACCCUCUAGACUCUGCUCCAGUGCACAUGGGAGGCGGUACAUGGGGGCUGCUGGCCGCUCCACUCUUCAAUCAUAAAACUGGAGUUCUCUACCGCUGGAGCACACUCUCGUUCCGUCUUUGGGGCUGGAACAUUCUUGGUCUGGUGUCAAUCAUGGCCUGGUCUGCCACCUGCGCUGGCAUCAUGUUUGGGUUCUGCCAUUUGAUUGGGCAACUGCGAGUCUCUGAAGAGAUAGAGAUAAGAGGCCUUGAUGUCCCUAAGCACGGUGAGCCGGCCUACCCCGUAGUAAGUUACGGCGACGGAUGGAACAAGCAGGAAGACCAAGCACUCGGACCUGACGGAUUCCUUGUUAGCUUUGGACGGAUGGACAAGAAUUCCUCAGGCGAGGCCGUUGACGUCGUGUCUAUGCGUAAAUUAGAGGAAAAGGGAAGCCAUGCUGGUCACGUAAACCAAGCAUUCUAAACAGUACCCCCAUCUUUUUGUAUUUUUACUUAUAUGUAGCCAUGAAGCUCACAAGAUGGUGACACACGCCAUAUACAGUGGAUUGAUAAAACGUUGCCGUCAACCAACUUUGCGACUUCACGACAAGCCCGCAUGUAAGCAUGGGUAAAAACCAAUGAAGCGUCAAGCUGCAUAUAUUAGCCACCGCAUAACUUCAGGCUUAGACUCGGUGGCUAAUAUAUGCAGCACUUCGCUUCAUUGGUUUUUACCUUUGCCUACAUGCAGGCUUGUCGCGUAGUAUAGUUGCAAAGAAGGUUGACGACAAAACGUUUUGUCAAUCGAGUGUAUAGCAAUCCAUCUCAUAUGACGGUAACACAAGCUAUAUGUAGCCAUAGACAGCUCACGUGAUGGUCACACAAACCAUAUAUAGCCAAAGAGAUCACAUGAUGGUCACACAAACCAUAUAUAGCCAAACAGCUCACAUGAUAAUAACACAAGCCAUAUACAGUAUAAGCCAGACAGCUCAUGAUAAUAACAUAAGCCACAUAUAGCCAAACAGCUCAUAUGAUAAACAGGCCAUAUAUAGCCAAACAGAUCAUAUGAUAAUGUACACGCCAUAUAUAGCCAAACAGAUCAUACGAUAAUGUACAUGCCAUUUAUAGCCAAACAGCUCACAUAAUAGUUGAGACACGUCGUUUUUACGCACCUUAUGUUUUGCCGCUAAAAUGAUCUAAAAUUAGAUCACCACGGCGUAUUAGGGGGAUGCGUAAAAUACACUGUCCUAUUCAUGUUAUCAAUGACUGUAGAACAGUUUUGUCAUUAAAUAAUAUUAGACGCACAA